CCCAAACUGUGGUGUGUGUGUGUGCGUGCGUGUGUACACUAAAAGUACUCCCCACAAUUCUCUGUUCCUUUUUCUAGCACGUCCUCUUUGUUUUAUGGACCGGAAGGGUCCGGGAACCAAAAUAGCUCGGCGGGCAUUUCCGGAACUGGAGAGGUGGGUUCCGGGAGGGUACUGGAGGGAGGGAGGGAGAGAGAGAGAGAGCGUACGGCUACCGCUGGAGGAUGAAGAAGGAGCAUGUGUUGCACUGUCAGUUCUCUGCAUGGUACCCACUGUUCCGAAGCCUUACCAUCAAGAGUGUCAUUCUUCCACUUCCUCAGAAUGUGAAGGAUUACUUACUUGAUGAUGGAACUCUGGUGGUUUCAGGAAGGGAAGAUCCUCCAACACAUUCUCAGCCAGAUAGUGAUGAUGAGGGAGAAGAAAUACAGUGGUCAGAUGAUGAGAACACGGCCACACUCACGGCACCAGAAUUUCCUGAGUUCACAACUACAGUCCAAGAAGCCAUCAAUUCCCUGGGGGGCAGUGUGUUUCCUAAACUUAACUGGAGUGCCCCAAGGGAUGCAUACUGGAUAGCAAUGAAUAGUUCUCUGAAAUGUAAAACCCUCAGCGACAUCUUUCUACUGUUCAAGAGUUCUGACUUCAUCACUCGUGACUUUACUCAGCCAUUUAUCCAUUGUACUGAUGAUUCCCCAGAUCCUUGUAUGGAAUAUGAGCUUGUUCUUCGAAAAUGGUGUGAAUUAAUUCCUGGGGCUGAGUUCCGAUGUUUUGUCAAGGAAAACAAGCUUAUUGCUAUUUCUCAGAGGGACUACACACAAUACUAUGAUCAUAUUUCUAAACAAAAGGAAGAGAUUUGCAGAUGCAUACAAGACUUCUUCAAGAAACACAUACAGUAUAAAUUCUUAGAUGAAGACUUUGUAUUUGAUAUAUAUAGAGACAGCAGGGGGAAAGUGUGGCUAAUUGAUUUUAAUCCAUUUGGUGAAGUAACAGAUUCACUGCUGUUUACUUGGGAAGAACUGAUCUCUGAACGAAACUUAAAAGGUGAUUUUAGUGAAGGAGAUGCUCUGGAGCAGGACUCUCCAGCUUUCCGUUGCACAAACAGUGAAGUUACAGUCCAGCCCAGUCCCUAUCUGAGUUACCGACUGCCCAAGGACUUUGUGGACCUCUCUACUGGGGAAGAUGCUCACAAACUCAUCGAUUUCCUUAAACUGAAAAGAAGUCAGCAAGAGGAUGACUGAAUAGAGUGCUAGAGUUCAAGACAGUGAAGGAGGAAACCCCUGCUCCUUCAGGAAGCUGUUCAUGGAUCACAACUUUGGUUAACCCAGUCGGUUGGGGGUGGGGUGGGCAGUGUGGCAAUCAGUACCUUUUUAUAUUCAUGUAUAUUAAGUUGGAAAAAAACAGAGGCACUUUGCUACUUGUAAAAAUAACAUAAUAAAUAGAUCUUAAACAUAGGAAAUGAUACUGUUCUGAUGAUAAAAUUCUAUGAAAUACCUUUCUCUUUUGGCUCAGUCUAUUUAGAUAUAUCUACGUUUCCUGUACUAUUUUUAUACCUAUCAGGUAGAUGGGCAAAUCUAUAUUUGUUAUUCAGAAUGGAUUCUUUCCUAAUCACUCCUUUUCUAUUGAAAAAAUAGAACCUCAUAUUACUGUAGAAAAUGUUUUUCCUACUCGGAAGAUUUUCAUACAAUCUUUUUAUCAGUUUGGCUUCAGUUCUGGUAUAGCUAAAAGAAUACAGACUUCUCAAACUGAAGUAACCUUGAACAUUUCAAUAUUUUACAACCACCUUAAUAUACAGGAUGGGGCAAAAGUAGAUUUACAGUUGUGAGUAUGCAAAACACAGUUUAUUUUUUGUAUUAUUUAUUUAUUAUUAUAUUAUUUUCCAUAUAAACAAUUGUAAACAUACUUUUCCCCAUCCUGUAUAUUGCUAAAACUAUGACAGAUUUAAUUAGAAUUUGGCCUUUUUAAAAAACACUAGGCCCUGACUGGUGUGGCUCAGUGUGUUGGGUGUCAUCCCACAAACUGAAAUGUCGCCAGUUCGAUUCCCAGUCAGGACACAUGCCUGGGUUGCUGGCAAGGUUCCCGCUUUGGGGGCAUGUGAGAGACACCAGUUGUUGUUGCUCUUGCAUAUCAAUGUUUCUCUCCCUCUUUUUCUCCCUCCCUUCUCCUCUCAAAAUAAAUUUUAAAAAAUCUUAUAAAACAUACUGGAAUUUUGGGGAGGUAGAUUCACUCUUUUAGGCCACUACUUAGUAAUUAUUCUUCAGUGGCCUAGUUGACGAGGAUGGUGGUGGUGGUGAUACUGAUGAUACUGAUCCCAUACUAACUCAGCACUGACUGUAUACAAGACACUUUGCUCAGUGCUCUUUUCGUGUUAUUUUAUACAUCACAGAGCAUUUUGAAGAAACAGGCCUUAUAGUUUCCCCAGGUAUGUAUUUAACAUGGUAUCGAAGAAUAUUUUACUAGUUGGAGGGAUGUUUCUUAGCACAGGAAACAAAUAUGCAUGCUGCCCAAGGAAAAUGUGGAGAGAGGUGAGGCAGGCAGAGUUGCCGCCUUUGUACAGUGAAGUCAGAUUGUGUAUAAUGAUGAAACAUAUUUUUUUUUACUAUUUCAAAACUCCAGCUUUCUGUGUGGUGUCUCAGUUACAAUCACUUGAUAUUAGUGUUUUAAAUACAAAAUACAAAGAUCAAGUUCUUCCAACGUGUUUUUUUUUAAUUGAUCACAGGUGUCUUAGCUCGUAAUGGAGGGACUUUGUUUUUCUUUUAUUGUGAGUUGAUUUAAGUUUAACUCUGGAAACUGGCUUUGCCAAGAUGGUACUUUACAAG